AUGCUGAAUCUUUUGGCUGUAUGUUCUCUCUCACUUCUUCUAAUUCCAACUGAACCAUGUGCACCUGGAUCUGGUACUCUGGGAACCAAAGCAACUUUUGAAUACGAAAUGUUCCCGCCAAUUCCUUACACAUAUUUCUCAGCGAGCCCAUAUCCAGGGCAAAUUGAUGAGACUUUCGCAAACUAUGAAGUGAAAUCUGAUGUUCAAAACUCGAUUAACGAAGUACUUCAAGCCAACAGUAUUCCAACAAAUGAUGUGAAUCCACCAACCGUCCAAUACACAGCUCCAGAGGCACAAAUCUCUUCUGCACCAAAUUGCACUUUGGACAUUGCAAAUCAAACACUUACGGCCAACGGUAGAGUCACUCAUCUGUGCAAAGAUGUCGAUGGAAAAGCAACGGCAGAGCUGUUCCUUCGUCCUCUUGUUGUUCAGAUCACUGCAGUUUCCGCAAUUUAUCAGAGUCAAUGGACCGCAUUGGCUAGUCAAGUGGCUGAUAAAUUGAGAACUAGAAGAAAUGCUGAAUUCUAUACUGAUCCAAUUGUUGUUGUCUCUAAUUGA